UUUCAGCUAAAUGAGCACAUCCGUAGCGGAAAACAAAGCAUUGUCAGCUUCCGGCGAUGUGAAUGCGUCCGAUGCUUCAGUUCCUCCAGAGCUUCUCACCAGACACCCCCUCCAGAAUCGCUGGGCUCUCUGGUACUUGAAAGCUGACCGUAACAAGGAAUGGGAGGAUUGUCUGAAGAUGGUUUCACUUUUCGACACUGUCGAGGACUUCUGGUCGCUGUACAAUCACAUUCAGUCUGCCGGAGGAUUGAACUGGGGAUCCGAUUAUUACUUGUUCAAGGAAGGAAUCAAGCCAAUGUGGGAGGACGUCAACAACGUUCAAGGUGGACGUUGGUUGGUUGUUGUCGAUAAGCAACUUCAGAGAAGAACGCAAUUGCUCGAUCACUACUGGUUGGAGCUGUUGAUGGCUAUUGUUGGAGAGCAAUUCGACGAGUACGGAGACUACAUCUGCGGAGCUGUCGUGAAUGUUCGUCAAAAGGGUGACAAGGUUUCCUUGUGGACUCGUGAUGCUACUCGCGAUGAUGUCAAUCUUCGCAUCGGACAGGUUUUGAAGCAGAAAUUGAGCAUUCCGGAUACUGAGAUUUUGAGAUACGAAGUUCACAAGGACUCGUCGGCUCGCACCUCAUCGACUGUCAAGCCACGCAUAUGUCUUCCAGCCAAGGAUCCAGCACCAGUGAAGGAAAAGGGACCAGCCGCAACGACUUCUCCAUCGAAUCCCGGCACGGAGGCUACAGGAACUUCUCCAGCCACCCCAACUCCUUAAGCAUAUUCUAAAGAUCUCACCAAUUCCUCUCACCGUAAAUGAGCUUCCCCGUACUCCCAGUCUCAAUGUUGUCUUGAAAAAUGAACUGUUUUUCGGACACGAUCAUCGCUUUAACUAUUCGAAAAUCAGCUCAUUUUUCAAGUCGUACCCCCCACCUAAUGUAUUGGUGCUUCCCCUCCAAUUUGUACCUACUGUUUCGCUUCCCCCUAUUGAUUUACCGGUUUUCGUAUUGCUCUCUUGUUGUUACUAGAUUCGAGACUGAUCGACGCCUGUAGCCGAAUUCGUUUGUUCUUCAGGUUAAUUGAUGAAUAUAUAUUUAUUCGGUAAAUAUAAAUAGAUAUGUUAGUUAUUA